UGGAGAGCAAAGAGAUUACACAAUCUAUCUGUCGUCUUCUUACAGUCCACAGAAGCUUUGGAAUUCAUGAAACGGGACCUGGCUGAGUUCACUCAAGUAGUGCAGCAUGACACAGCCUGCACUAUCGCUGCUACGGCCAGUGUGGUCAAGGACAAGCUGGCAAGGACAGAAGGUUCCUCAGGUGCGACUGAAAAGGUGAGGAAAGGGCUCUCUGACUUCCUGGGUGUCAUCUCGGACACGUUUGCUCCCUCGCCGGAUAAGACCAUUGACUGCGAUGUCAUAACACUGAUGGCAACACCCACAGGUACCACAGAGCCCUAUGACAGCGCCAAGGCUCGCCUCUACAGCCUCCAGUCGGACCCGGCCACCUACUGCAACGAACCUGAUGGCCCUGCUGACCUCCUUGAGGCCUGGCUCUCUCAGUUUAACCUAGAGGAGAAGAAAGGGGAGAUCGCGGAGCUGCUGGCGACCAGCCCUUCCAUCCGGUCUCUCUACACCAAAAUGGUCCCGGUGGCUGUUUCCCAUUCUGAAUUCUGGCAGCGCUACUUCUAUAAAGUGCAUCGCCUGGAGCAGGAUGAAGCCCGGAGGGAGGCUCUGAAGCAGCGAGCGGAGCAGAGCAUUCACCAAGAGGAGCCAGGCUGGGAGGAGGAUGAAGAGGAGUUCUUGGGGAUGUCACCCCUGCCUUGUGCAAACGUGAAAUUUCCAGAAGCAGCAGAGAAAGAAUCUGCCCCUGCAGCCCUGGAGGGAAGCCACCCCACUGCUCACAAGGGACCCUCAGAGGAAAGCUGGGCCGUCCUCCCUCCGGAGCCGGCCCCAGCAGAGGGGAGCCCCUCUGAGAGCAGUGAGAGCAUCUCCCUUGUGACUCAGAUUGCAAACCCUGCCUCUGUGCCUGCUGCGCAGCUACAGACUGGAGCACAACCAGCUGGGACCGGAGACCUCUCUCAGAGGCUGCUGGAGGCCACCUCGGAAAAGCAGAGCUCCUUGUCAAAGCUCCCAGAACCCGGUCAUCCUUCUGCACCUGCCCGGGAGUCAGCAGCAUCCUCAGAGCAACCGGCUGUUACGGAGCUCAAAGAGGUGGAGAGCAAAGCCCAGGGCAGGACAGAGACUCUGAAAGAGGAAGGACCAACAGAUCUACGAGUCUUUGAGCUGAACUCGGAUAGUGGGAAAUCCACUCCCUCCAACAACGGCAAGAAAGGCUCCAGCACUGAUACCAGUGAGGACUGGGAAAAGGACUUUGAUUUGGACAUGACUGAAGAGGAGGUGCAGCUGGCGCUCUCGAAGGUGGAAGUGUCCGGGGAGCUGGAAGAUGAAGAGUGGGAAGACUGGGAAUAAAGCGACUGCUUCCAGUGUGUGUCACAGGCUCAUUUCCACCAUCGAAUGUGAAUUAAAUCACGGACCGGCUCUUCCUUUGUGUGUAACUGUGCUGGGGAUUGCAGUUCCAGGCUGGAGGAGUUUCAUUCCUGCUAAAUCCUGUGGGCAACUCAAGUGACCCCUUCAGUCCUGGAGGAGGAGGAAGCAGGAGUUCACUCGUACACUUAGCUGCUAGGGAUCCCACCUUCUCAGUAGGUCCUAGAGACUGGCCAAGCCAAAACUGACUGCCCCGAAAGCGUCGGGUAGAGGCAGAUGCGAUGCAGUGAGGGGUCCCCGGGGCGAGCUGGGCACUCGGACACCUGGCAGGAUUGCUUGGUGCCGCCAGACUGCCAGCUGGCUGAUUGUUUGCUUGUGUGUGCGCCCGUAAUCUACAGUACAGCAGUUCAGAGGCUCUUGGAUGCAAGCUGUGCCUGCUCACUUGCUGCUCUGCGCCGCUGGCCAGGCCAUCCCCGGAGAAAGCCCCCGUGCAGGCAGUGGCCGAGGGCUGGACAUGCUGCAGUAGAAGCCCCUUCUGCUGUGCCACUCACUGCUGCAAAGAAAGGCAGUUGGCUUGUGGCUUUGACCCGAAGCUGGGCCGUGCUGGAAGGAGCCAAACUCUGCCAAACCCUGAGCUUCUGCCUGGCUUUUCGUCUUGGAAGCUUUUUCUAAUGGAAACUCCCGUUUCCUGCUGCGAGAGCAGCAGCUCCUCUAAGAGCCAAGGCCUGCUGCUUCCCCCUUUGCAGCUGCACUGCCUUCCUCUGCUGGGUUUUGUGUACUUGUAGUGAAAUUCUCCAAGCAGAGUACUCGUGGCUUGCUCUUACUUGAGCCCUUCUGGGCGGGCAGUGAUUUGGGUCACCCUGGGAGCAGAACCCCUCCGUUGUGGUGCCCAGUUCAGCCCUUGCAGAGCCCCAAAGCACCGAGGCUCGGCCCUUCCCUCUCCCAGCCUGGGGGGGAGGCAGAAGCGCCCGAGCGUGGGUGGUGCCUCUUGGCCAAGGCCGUGUCUGUCCACUCGCCUGACGCCCCGCGUGUCCAGGCCUCACGGCCACCGGGGUCGCAAGCUUUGCUGUGCUCACUUGGGUUCCUUCACUUAAGCCCCCUGCGACUGCUUGCACCGCUUCCUUCGGACCCACGGCCUCUCUUUUUGGGGCAGUUCCCUUCUAAUGUCAGGAGAUGCUCCUCAGUGGAUGUUGCUAAUACACAGUUACCCUAAAGGGACAGAGCCCUCGCGGCUCUCUCUGGCCUUUCGGGUGGUGGUUUUGUACGGGCUA